CAGGACUGAUGUUGGAGCUGUUGGCUUGUUUUGAGCCUCACAAUGGGGACACUGCAGUUAUUUCUUAGCAUAGUCUUCUGCCAUAUCAUAUCUGCUGACUCUCACUUGAGAUAUGAUGACGAUUCCGUGGUUUUCCGGGAUUUUGGAGGAGUUUUGGAAAAUGAGUUGUUUCCCUUUGACAGGGACUUAGAACUUCUGCCGUUUAAUGACAUCUUUGGCUCCUGGAGAAGCUGGCCCCCAUCCUUUCCCAUGGACCCUGGAUUCCCUCCUUUCAUGACUGCUCCCAGAGUCCAGGUGUCAUGUGAUGAGCAAAAAUUAACCGUGGUGGUGGACAAAAAAACCUUUGGCCUGACACUCUCUGCAGCGGCCGUGCAGUUGGGUGACUGUCCCAGCAAUACAGAACUGCCGGACCAGUUAGUUUUUUCUUACCAAUUGGAUGAAUGUGGGACUAAAUCUGUGUUGCAGAAUGGUGUAAAGGGCUUUACAAACAAUGUAAACCUCAAUCCCAGGAAGACUCUCCACCCCUGGUGGCAAACUCCACUGACAGUCCGUGUCUCCUGCUUCCCCAGAAGGUUUUAUAGUGAGCCAAGUGUCACUGUUGCACCACCAGUACUUAUGACAAACUUUAACAUUCAAGCCAUGGAUUCAUCCUCGAUCAAACCGUUUGAGUCAAACACUUACAAAAGAGGCCAGGUUAUGAACCUCCAAGUGUCUGCAGAAAUGAGGCCCAAUCAGCAACUCUUUAUCCAUUCCUGCUUUACGUCUGCAUCCCCUGAGCCCCAGACAAAACCCAGACAUGCUGUCAUACUGAAUAAAGGGUGCUCAUCUUCGUUGGGUUCUCCACACCCUGUUGCAUGGUUUACUGGUUCCAAAGCACCAAAUGUGGUCAACUUUGCACUCAAUACAUCUCAUCUAACUUCAGAGCUGUACAUCCACUGCAGUGCCAUCAUCUCAGACCACGGUGUCACCUCUACUUCUAAAUCCUGCAACUAUGAUGCAACUCAAUCUAAAUGGGUGGAGCUGAAUGGAGAUGUCAAUGUCUGUGCCUGCUGUAGCUCAAAGUGCAAAAGCUCUUCAGUCAAGAUCCCCUCUGGCAAUAAGGCAAUUGUCAGCACUGGUCUGUUUGUUGUGGAUGAAGAUGCAAAAACCAAUGCACCUAUGGACUCAGAACCUCAAGCCUCUAGCACAUCUCCAGCUAGGUCAAGCUCUCCUGUUGAAGCUGAAGACGCUGUGUCUGGUUCCCUCUUCCUGCAAAGGGAGCUCCCAUUGUCACAGCAAGGUGUUGUUGUGGUGAGCCAAGAUCCAACUUCCAGACUAACCCUCUGGCUUCCUGGACAGGCAGAUGCUGAAUACGGUAAAGAUAUGACUACUUUGACUGAUGGGUUUUCAGUUCAGUUGUCACCAAAUGGAAACUAUCUAGAAGUGAAGCCCCCAACUGCUAGUUCCAUUCUUCAAUCACCAAGUGAGGCUGCCGAUCCCACAAUGAGUGGGUCUGAAGUUGACAAAUUGUGGGAUAUGAACAUCCAUACAGUGGAUGUCUGGCCAAUUCCAACACAAACUGAAAAUACUGAAGAUUUCCAAAAGCAAAAUGGGUUUGGAAGAUCUACAAGCCCUGAUGAAGCAACGGGUGACUUUCCAAAUGAGAUUGGUGUAAGUCUCCUGUUGCUUGAGCACCCUAAACCACUCCAGAAAAACCAGGUGGAUGUUGUGGAGGAGCCCCCCAAAAAGCAUUUGCCAGAUCAAACGGGUGGGAAAGGCACUAACAAGAGUGACUUCUCCGAAGAGGAACCAUCUGGGAUAAACAUGGAUGAAAUUUUGACUGAAGAAGUUAACCCAAUAAUUCGCUCAAAGCUGGAAUUCUCUAAAGGGCCAGAUGGUUCACAGAAACUGAGUUAUGAGGAAGAGUUGAAUCAAACUGAGGGUAAACUGGUGCAGAGAAGAGCUGCUGGGGAGGAGAGGACAAGAAAAGUGCCCAGGCUGAAGGGUCUGCGCUCAACUUUCAUGUACUUGAUGAGGAAAAUGAAUGAAGGAAAGUGACUGCACCAUCAAGAAAUGUUCAAAUAAACUUGCUGCAACAAAAGUUUUAAACAUGAA